AUGGCUCCAGUCACGCUGAAGACGAUCGAUGCCGACCUCAAGGAAGCAAUCCAACACCUCUUCGAAAUCCAAUCCGCCGUGCACGGCUAUCUAGGCCCAGAAACCCAACAAGAGCUAGUGCGCAAGAUCAAAAACCUCACCAUCACCCUCUCCACCCUCUCCAGCCACACUCAAGAAACAGACCAGACAGACGGCCAAUCCAAUGACCCAUCUAACCCCUCACUUGCCAGUAUCCAACUUCCCCCCGAGAUCAUCGACUACGUGGAUGCCGCACGCAACCCAGACAUCUACACCCGUGAAUUCGUCGAGCUGGUGCAGCGCGGAAACCAAGAUCUAAAGGGAAAGCGCGAGGCAUUCGCCGGGUUCCGGGACGUGUUAGCCCGCGAGAUGCGCAGUGCCAUGCCCGAGUGCCGCGGCGAAGUGGACCGCGUGGUUAUUGCGACGGGGGGUAGUGUCGACCGCGAUGGAUCUGGAGCUGGGGCUGGAGCCGCUCAGGGACAAUAG